GCGGGAAAACUCGGCACGGAUUGCUAUAAUGGCCGCAUUAGCGCCAAUGCUUUUCAUGUGUGUUCUUCGAAAAUGAAAUGAACCAUUAUAAAUAAGUUUUAUAGUGACAUUGAAUUUAAACCUACGAGUUGGCAAUGGAUAUUAACACUGAGGUCUCAGCACAAUUGUCUUUGAUCGAUGUCCUGCUGAGCGACCUUGAUAAAACAAUCACACCAUGCACUAACAAAAAGAAUGAGAAGAAAGAAGAAGAAACACAAGAUGCCAUGCCUGAUUCUACGACCAAUACUGAGAAAAGCAAUGCCAACCCAUUCCACUGUGGAGAUGAUGUACUUGUUCCUAACAAGGAUGGACGUUAUUAUUUAGGUACUAUUGUAGAGUUAAGCACAAGCAACGACAAUGACUUGUGUGAAGUGGGCGCGGGCGUCGCGCGAUGUUUGGUCAAGUUCGGCGAUGGCACGCAUUCGUGGGCUGCAGUGUCGUCACUCAAGCUGCUCAGUGCACCGCCCGCCGACGAUGGCAGGAUCAUGUGCGUGGUGUGUAAGCGCCGCGAGGGGCCUCCGCCCGCCACCGGCCCCGCCACCAACGCCAUCAUCGCCUGCGACAUGUGUGGUAGAGGCUAUCACGCUAAAUGCCAUUCACCACCAGUUGAAGCUUGGAUUCAUGGCGCGUCGUGGCAUUGUAAGAGAUGUGUGGACCAGAGGUAUAGAGUAGCUGCUGCUGAAAAUAGAGCUUCAAAGAGAUCAGACCUGUUUAGAUUCAAAGGCGGUCAACAACGGCGACAGCAAGAAACCCCACCCUGUGAUACUGCAUCAACCACGUCGUCAACUGGCUCUGAUGGUGGAAAAGAUCAAAACGAGGCCCAUUGUUACUGUGGAGAGAAAAGUGACUGGCUUGCACAGGUACACCAUAGAAAUAUGUUACUCUGCUGCCGAUGUAACCGAUGGUUUCACCAAAGAUGCGUCUCCAGUUUACAGUAUCCUUUAUAUGCUGGUGACAAGUGAGUAUUAAAGUGGCUUCCUAUGCUCUGUGAUUUCAUGGGC